GCGCUUCCCACGGCGCGCCGGGCCCCGGGGUCCCCGCGGGACUCCGCGGUGGCUGCGGGCGCCAGACUCAGGGAGGGCGGGGCGCGUGUGUCCGCCUUUCCCCGCGCUCCCGGCCGGGCGCCUCCAGGGACGCGGGGCGCAAGGCGGGCAGCUGGGCCGGGUUCGCCGUGCAGGCCGCGGCGGGCGGACUCCGGAUCGGGUCGGCGGCUGGGUCUGGUCGCUGCCAUGGGCGAGGGUCGCGGCCCCCGGGAGGCACCUCCCGCGAGUGCCUGGCGCUUGUUGCGCCCUGCGUUCCUCAAGAGCCAGCGGGUGCAGGUCGGGCCCAGUUCAUGGUCCUCCAGAAUGACAGCUCCCAAGAUUGACGUAGACAAGGUAGUUGGACCAACAGCCAUUAAGACUGUCGGAGAAGCCCAGCUCUGGGUCCAUCGUUACAAGCUGUGAACGGAAAAGGUGAAAGCCUGGAGGGGAAAGGAAUUUGCUUUGGAGGGGAAAGGAAGUGCUGCUGGAAUUUGCAAGCUUUUUUCCCCCUGAGUCUUCCGCCUACAGGAUGGAAGUGACUCCUAGUACUACUGGCAAAGCUGAGGUCUGAGAGACAGGCUUGCAUGAGCCUCCCCAGCCAAAGAAACAUCAGGUUGUAGCCCCAGGAUGUGAAAUGGGCUGACCCAUAAGCCCUGCCUCCCAGCACCCAGCCUGCCUGCUAGGAUGUUCCUCAUGAACGCCCCUCCAGUGGUGGCGCUCCAGUCCAGAUGGGAGGCCUUUGGCCAGCCCAGGAGCUUCUGCUUUCCUGACUGCUUCUCCGAGUCUAAAGAGGACACCUCCAGGGCCUCAGUGAGUGCCAGGGUACAGAUGCUCAUCAGCACACUGCAGAGAGACAAGGCUGCCCUGGGCAUGAGCCAUGAGCAUGCCACACAGAGAGGCCAACGCGCAGAAAGGUGCCGAGACACCAGACUGGCUCCUAAUCCCGUCGUGUGCAGAGAGCAGCCAGAGUUCCAUGCCUGUGGUCUUGUUGCAGACUGCAGACCCCUAGAGAAAGAUGAAGCUGGGAGACGUGGUCCCUUGGAGCUAGAUUCUGACAGUGAUGACUCCGUGGACCGGGACAUCGAGGAAGCUAUCCAAGAGUACCUGAAGGCAAAGGGUGGGGCUUCUGAGCCUUUGUCCCGAGGAGCCCCCUGUGUCCCAGAGCCUGCCCACAGCUGUCCCCUACCCAUCCCAUGCCCGCCACAACUCACUCCCGGCUCAGAUAGUGUUCCUGUGGGAACCAGUGAGGACCAGGGCUCCACCUCCCCAGCUAGCAUGAGCAGCGAGGACUCCUUUGAGCAGAGCAUCCGAGCUGAAAUAGAACAGUUUCUUAAUGAGAAGAGACAGCAUGAAAACCCAAAGUGUGAUGUGUCUGUGGAUAAGAAAUCAGAUCCAAAGGAAAGCCCUGCCAGACUUAGAGGGAACCGAGAGACCUCAGCCAGGACAGCUCUGGUAGGAACCUGUAAGGAGUUCAUCUUCCGCAAACCUCCCAGGUUAACAAAGAUGAGCGUGCAGCCCAGAAACUUGCGGCCUAAGGUCACCGCACAGCCUGAGAGCCCAGUGAGCACGAGGCUGACUGUCCACAGACCAGAGGCUGCACACAACAGGGGUGGGGUAAGGAGGAGCAUGCCUGCCAGGCGCAGCAAGCGCAUCAGGAACUCAGCCCCAGUGCAUCAGACAUCCGACUCCAGCAGUGAUGAUGGCAUCGAGGAGGCCAUCCAGCUGUACCAGCUAGAGAAAACCAGGAAUGAGGCCAGUGGGGACCCACCUCUGAGAGCCCAGCUGAAGGAGGACAGCCCUGGCAGUUCUCAACCAAGUGCCUUGCCUGAAGCCCACAGGAGACCCCCAAGCAAGAAAAAGCUAACAGCCCCAAAGGUUAUGAGCACCACCCUGGGGGAUCUCCACCCUGACCCCCUCUCCAAGCUCCCAAAGGAUGUGAGAACCUCCGUGCUUCCAGGACACACAGCUGCCAAGAGCGAGGCUGUGCCCCAGGCCACGCCAUGCCUAGCAGACACAUCCACCGAGCUGAUGUGCGCGGAAGCAAUCCUGGACAUUUCCAAGACCAUACUGCCAGUCCCCAUGGAAGGCAGUGACAGGCCUCCGUCCAUGAACCCACUCUUCUGUCCCCCACCCAUACCUCCCCGCUCCGAAGGUGACAGCAGCAACAUUGACAGUGAUGAUAGCAUAGAGCAGGAGAUCCGGACAUUUUUGGCCCUCAAGGCACAAGUAGGGAGUCCACAGCCUCCCCAGGGCCCACUGUCCCCACCCGGCCCCAGUGGCCAGACCGGCAUCCCCAAGGCAUCUCUUGCUAGCAAAACACCAGAAUUUCCCCUGGGCUGCAAACGGAAACGGAGAGGUGGAGGUGGCACUAUAGUGCCCAAGAAAAUACAGGAGGGUAGAGAAAGUGCCCAGGACAGUAACCACAUCCAGGGCAAGGGUCAGCCUGGCCACGAUGGUUGGGACCCUCCCAGCCAGAGCAAAGUCCCAGAGGCCCUAGGAGGGGAGGCUGAGGCCAAGGACCAGCCCGUCCCUUCCAGGACAGCUGGGCUCAGUGAUGCACACCUGUCACAAGGCCGGGGGAGCCUCGGGAAAGCAGGGGAGGGGAAGAGUGCUGGUGAGAAGGAGAGCUCUGAGGAUAAGAGCAGCUCCCUGGACAGCGACGAGGACCUGGACAUGGCCAUCAAGGACCUGCUCAGAUCUAAGCGGAAGUUCAAGAGGAGGAGCAGAGAACCCCGGGCUGUGUGUAAGAAGGUCAGACUCGGCACCACGGAGGCUCGGUGUGGAGAGAAGCUGAGCAGCCUCCCCGGGGACUGGAAGGACCACGGGCAGCAGGCACCACGGAGCUGUCUGUCCAAGUGCAGAGCGGACAGUAAAGACAGCCCAGGAAGAAGCCCAAUGAGCAUUUUCGGCAGUGCGGCCGAGAAGGCGAAGCUGGGUGGUGCAGGUGGUGAGGAUGCAACCCCGGCCUUGCUUCCCAGGAAGAAGAGUCCAGAAGGGACUCCUCCUUCUAAGGACACAGGAGUCAGCGGUCGCCUUCCUUCUGCCUCCAUCCCCCUGUCUGAGGAGGACAGCUCAGUGGACAGUGAUGACAGCAUCGAGCUGGAGAUCAGGAGGUUUUUGGCGGAAAAGGCCAAAGAGUCUGUACGCAGUUCAGAACCUCAAGGGGGUCCUGCCAAGCCAGAGGUGCCAUGCAGGAAAGAACCAACCCCGGGCUUACAGCCCGGAGUGUGCACACGGAGCCAAAAAGCCAGGGGAAUCCCUCAGCUGGCCGAAGGAAGGAGAGGCACAGAGAGAUCUAGGACACAGGCAACCAGCCCCUUAAGCCAGACUGGGAAGGGCACCCCCCGUGCUGAGCAGGCCACCCGUCUCCCCACUGCCCUGGGCCGAAGCGAGCCAGCACUGCCCAAGAACACCAGCAGGAACAUUUCCGCCAAAGUGUCUCCACCAAGCAGGAAAAGUGCCAGUGUUAACAAAGACCAGAGCCCACGAGGAACGCAGGCUGCCUUGCCAGAAAGUGUUUUUGGUCAGCUGCCCAGUUGUGCCAAAGUGGGUGCUGAGGCCGGAAGUACCGGGGGGACAUUUCACCUGAACUAUGGCAGUCAGAACCUGCUGGCCCCCAACCCUGGACCCCAGGCUGACCUCACCGUCCCCUGGAGUGACUUUGCACACCAGAGUAGGCUGUCCAGCCCAUGGGCACUGAAUUCCGGACAAGGCACACUAUGGACAGGGGUCUUUGGGGGUGAGAAAGAAAAGGGGGUCACACCACAGGCCGGGGGCCCACUAAGCCUCUCCUCAGGCCCCAGGAAGGGCCUGCCUUUCCUCUCCACCCAGCUCUUCCACUUCGGGAGGAGUGUCUCCUGGGGGGGCAAGCAGGCUGGCCUCUUCAGCCCCAACCUAGGCCUACCUCUGCAGGGCCCAGCAUUCUCGGCCUUCAGGGAGACCCAGCCCGGCCACAGCCCUGUGUUUGGAAGCCCGCACUUGCUUAUGAAGGACAGUGGGCACUGGCCAAGCCGGAAGGCUCAGGGAUCCCUGAGACAGCAGAACAGGAGGAAUUCUGGCUCUGAGGACAAUGUCUUAGACCUGAGAUAUCGACACAGGGUUGACAGGGAACACCAGGACCAGGAGGCCUUGGGCAGUGAUGCCAGCGAAUUCAGUGACACCUCUGUGGAGGAUGGCGUCAGCGCCAUAGUGAGCAGCAAAGGCCUCUAGCUUUGACAGGCAUGUCACUCUCUUGUCAUAGCUGUGGGAAGUGCGUGCUCUCCUCUCUCUCUCUCUCCCCCUCCCUCUCCCUCCCUCCCUCUCUCCCCCUCCUCUCUCUCUCCCCCUCUCACUCCCUCCCUCCCUCUCUCCCUCUCUCCCUCCCUCUGUAUGUGUGUCUUGGCAGCAUAGGGUGGGGGUAGGGGAUACUGACCAUUAAAGAGCAAAAAGAAGGGUCCCUCCUGUGCAGCCCCCUGUAUAAAUAUGUACACUAACCUCAAAUGACAUUUUUAUUUAAUGGAUGUGUCCUGGUACAUAUGUUUUUUUGUAGGGUUUUUGUAAAUUAUUUAAAGUAGUGCAAGAAACACUUUUUGGAAAAUGUUGUUCGAUCUUGCAGGGUGUUCCUAGCUCUGGGAUUCUCUGUGGUCUCCAUGCAUGUGUGUAGAUGAGCAAACGCUGUCCCUGUGGGUCAGACACAGAGGAUGGAUCUGUGGCCAUUGCUGGCUCAGCUAUUCAGGCCUGGAGACAGCAGCGGCUGUCCACCUCAGAAGUGCUAAUAUGGCUGAGGUGUGUCAGGAUGCCCCUGGGACAAGGGUGCUUCACGAAGGACUCUGGUCCCUGGCCAGAGACUGUCUCUGCCUCCUGUAGCCAUGGCCUGUAAUUAGAAAGCACUUCAAAGCACAACAGCCAGCAGAUAGCCGGCCAGUCAUCCCUCCCUAUCUAGGGUGGGAAUCUGACUGCUGGCUCUGCAGCUUAGCUGAACCCAGAUCGUCCAGUGUCCAGUUGCUGGGGCACUCUAGCAUCCGUAUGAGCCUCUUUAUGGGAGAGCUACCGAUUUGCUUUUAUUCGUGGCUCUAAAGGUGAUUCCAUAUGUCCGUGUUGACUGUCCUCUUCUUGCUGUAUGUAUGAGUGAGUCGUGAGGCCAUGAAAUGGCGUGGUCCCUGAAUACCUUAGCCACCUGUGAUGGUGAACCCAGGCCCCGUAGGACUCAAAGCCCAGCUUUAUGUGACCAAUGACAACACCAGCAGCCUGCAUGGCUUUCUAAACCCUGCCUCUAUCCAGGAGGAAAAGGGGCCUGGCCAGCGCUGAGGCUAGGCCAUAGGCAGCAGUUUGAGGUCCUGGGAAUUAGCCAGAGUGAUACUGCCUUGGUGCCGAGGUGCCGGUGGUAACCGGGGGCUGAAGAUGUCCUGGACCCCAGAUGUGAGCGCUACAUCUGUGUCGUGAUUAUCACCUGCCACCCCUGAGUUCUGCAGCUCAGUAUACCGGGUUGCUGUGGCUCUACUUUACGGCUGAGUUGUUGAUUAUUCUAACAUUUUAAUAUGGAAGUUGAGUCUUCUACUUUAUGCACCUGGGUCUUAAUUGUAAUUCACUUCCGUACCCAAAUGCAGACACACACUCCCACCAUCCUCAGUGCCCGCCAUGUCAGAGCUGUGACGUGCACAGGUCCCUGUGGUCCUGUCUUGCCCCUGAAUGAUCUUGAUCUUGUAUAAUAAAUCCCAUGUGCAUAUUAUAUGUGUUCAUGUGUUUCUGGAAGGAACAGCUUUGUGUCAUCUGUGUUCCCACUUUAAAGUUUUAAAGAGUGCUUUUAACCCUUGAAAACAAAAAGCGUCUUGUUUUGUAUGUAAGACCCAUUGGGUUUUUGUUUUUGUUUUUCUAAUAAACCAAGUACUAGCCACAAA